AUGCACUGUUUGAGUGACUGUGAAGUGGGAUUGAUGUUGAUAAGCAUGGCUGAUGAAGUUGCAUGUCUUUUGCCAUCUUCACCGACUGGAAAUCAGCAUGGCCCAGCAGCAACCAUUGAGGGACAAAAUAUCAACACAUCAGCUGAGCUCCACAUAGCUGGUCUAGGUGCAGUAGAGAUUGGUGAUUCCGCAGUAUCAAAUCAGGAAAGAACGGGUGCUCAGGAUGCAUGCUCUCUGCUAUCUUCGUUGGUUGGAACUCAGGCUGACCUAGCAGCAAACACUGAGGGCCAAAAUAUUACAAGAGUGACUCAGCUUCACACAGCUGGAUCAGAUGCAGUAGAAAUUGGUGGUUCUGCUGUUUCAGAUCAGGCUGCUGUGGAUGCAUCUCAUGUGCCAUUUUCUUCGCCUGGAAAUCCAACAACUGAAUCAGAUGCAUGUGAAAUGGAAAUAGCAGAACCUGGCCGCCAAGUAGAGCAGUCAACCUUUGCAAACAACGUUGCGCAGCUUGUCCGUAUAGGUGGUGUGGAGCCUUCAGCAAGUGUUACAGCUCCUGUUCCAUCACUCCUUAACAAUGGUGCAGGACAGAGUGCCGUUCAACCUGUUCCUCAAGUACCUUUCCCUCAGUUCACUGACCCAUUUCAGUAUGAAUUGGAGAAGUUGCGGAGAGAAUCAGAGAACGUAAAUAAGACCUUUGAAGAAAAAACAUCAAUCUUGAGAGCUGAGCUAGAGAGGAAGUUGGCUGAAGUACGAGCAGAGUAUCAAAGAAAGUUUCAUGAGGUAGAAGUUGAGAAGAACGCCAGAGAGACGGAGGUAGAGAGGACCAAGAAUAUCGUUAUAAUGAACAAACUGUUGGGAAACGCCUUCUUGUCCAAAUGUACCACCAAGAUCGCAUCUCAUCCCUCAGAAGCUCCAAGGGGUAGAAUUCAGCAGCUAGCACUGAGAGCAGGACUAGUGACCGCACUGAGGAAUUAUACUGCAUCUCCUCCGGCUCCGACCCUGGCUCCUCCGGCUCAUGUUCCUGCUGUUUCUCUGCCUCCAGCUCCUCUGCAGCGUCAGGCAUCUGCUUUUCCUUCUUCAGUACCUCGCACAUCAGGCCUUCCUCUUAAUUCAGCGGUCUGCCCAAUGCCUCAGCCAAGACAGCCUCUCGUCUCCAGCCCAGCUCCAUCUUUUUCAGCUUCUCCUGCAACUAAUCUAACUGAGAGUGCAAGACCACCGCAUCUCAACUCAUAUAGAUCAUCCUCUUCGAUUCCAAUCCCGACAUCAACUCCAACCUCGUUGCCAAUUGCUCAAGCUUUGUCGUCGUAUGCAACUCUCUUACUUCAGAGUCAUCAACAACAACGACAACAGCACCAACAGAACUUGGGCAUCGGAUUGCAGCAACUGCAACAGAACUUGGGCCUCGGAUUGCAACAACAGCAACAGCAACAGCACCAACACCAACAGAGCUUAGGGAGUGGAUUGCAACAGAACUUGGGCGUCGGAUUGCAACAACAGCAACAACAACAACACCAACAGAGCGUAGGGAGUGGAUUGCAACAGAACUUGGGCAUCGGAUUGCAACAACAGCAGCAGCAACAACAACAACAACACCAACAGAGCUUAGGGAGUGGAUUGCAACAACUGCAACAGAACUUGGGCAGCGGAUUGCAAGGCCCCAAUCGCAAUGAUGAUGUGGUUUGUCUCUCAGACGACGAGUGA